AUGGCACCGGUGGGAAUUACAUUCCACAAAUGUGUGCUGGAGAAACAUUCCAACAUUCCUGGCUUCACAGAGAAAUCAGUACAAAUCCGCACAACAUUCCUCACGCAUUCCAGCAUCCUCAACCUCACAAACGAGAAUGGAAACGUUGCACGCUCAACUUCCAACGAGCCUCUAUCCACGAUUAUAGCUAGGGCGACAGGACUGAAGGAUUUGACAAUCAACGUGCCAGCAGUGGUGCGAUCGGGUGACACAGUGACGUUGUCCUGCCACUACGACCUCGAAGGUCUGCCAUUGUACACGAUACAAUGGUUCCUCGAAGACACAGAGUUCUAUCGAUACCUGCCCGAGCGAGAUCCACCGUACAGCACCUUCAACGUCGACGGAAUACACGUGAAUGUCUCCAAGUCGAACACACACGACGUGACACUGGUGGACGUGUCGAGGAAGCUGACGGGGAAGUACAAGUGCGAGGUAUCAGCCGGAAGUCCUUCGUAUCACACGCUGAUCAAGAGGGCCAAAAUGGAGGUAGUAGACGCGCCGAAAACGGACCCGAUGAUCGGCAUCGAGAAGGAGAGGAUCGCGGUUGGCGAGCUGUUCCGGGCGAACUGCACCACGGGCAACUCCAGGCCCGCCUCCGCCAUUACGUGGAGGCUGAACGGGGAUGUCAUCGCGAAUGACAGUAUGGUGUACAGGACCAGACACUUGGCCAUCCCACAGGACGACGGCUCUCAGGUGUCGAAAUCUACCAUAGACUUCAAAGUGACGAACGACAUGUUUCAAAGCGGACGGCUUCAUCUUCGUUGCACAGUCUCCAUAGCGGACGUAUACCGGAAGUCCGCUGACAUCGACAUCACCGAGGACGCACCGCGCAUCGCCUCCAUCACUGGCGAAUCUCCGCCGCGAGGACAUCGCGGCAACAGCUCCGCAGGCCUGAGCUUCUGGACUACGACAACGACGAUGCUUCUCACGCUGGCCACCAUCGUGUUCCUGUUGUCCGCUUCGAUGACGAUAACCGUUGCGCCGAUGAUCGCCACGGACCCCGUUCCCGCCAGCAGGUAG